GACCGAACAGCUUGCACCGUAUACGUUGAUUUGCUCGACUUGGCUUGAUAUAAACCAAGCGGUCAGAGCGUGGUGAACCUGUGCUGUGCUCUGUUUGGAUAGAAUCCUCAUCUCCACAAACUGUGGCGCUGAACUCUGCCAAAAAGACACCUCGAGAAUGGGCUUCGAAGUCUCCGCUUGGCUCCGCGCGCGCCCCCCCGUAGCGGCCAUGACUGUCCUGAACUCGGCCUCGCCGAAGCGCCACCCUCUUUUCUUCUCAUUCCUCAAGCCCACCAUCUCUUGCUGCACCUCUGGUUCCGCAGAGUCUUCUCCAUUGUCGUCGUCUUCCUUGUCUAAUUCUCAUUCAUACAGCCGUCGAUGGUGCAGUACUCCCAUCAGUCGUAGACCAUUGGAUCAGGAUGUGGAUGAUGUUCGUGACUGGGUCGAAGCUGAUCAACCACUUGCGUCUCCAGACAGACUUACAAUUGUGUCGUAUAACAUAUUGGGGGACAGAAAUGCUUCGAAACACAGAGAUCUAUACUCAAAUGUUCCUCCUUUUUACAUGAACUGGGAGCGCCGUAAGAAGGUCAUUUGCAAAGAACUCAUGGGAUGGAAUCCUGAUAUAAUCUGUUUGCAAGAAGUUGACAGGUAUUAUGAACUAUCAGACAUAUUGGUGAAAGCAGGAUAUGCUGGGUCAUAUAAGAGACGCACUGGAGAUGCUGCUGAUGGCUGUGCUAUGUUUUGGAAAGCUGAUGAGUUCCGGUUAUUAGAGGGACAGAGUAUUGAAUUCAAGGAGUUUGGUCUUCGUGAUAAUGUUGCUCAGCUUUCUGUUUUUGAGAUGCGAAAAGAUGAAUCCAGAAGACUACUGGUUGGUAACAUCCAUGUCCUUUAUAACCCAAGCCGUGGGGAUGUUAAAUUAGGUCAAAUACGCUUUCUCUUGUUGAGGGCACAGAUCCUCUCAGCAAAAUGGGGUGAUGCCCCUCUCGUCCUUGCUGGUGAUUUCAAUAGCACUCCUCAGAGUGCUAUAUACAAGUUCCUUUCAUCCUCCAAGCUAAAUAUCUUAUUCUAUGAUAGAAGAAACUUAUCUGGGCAGAGAAGUUGUCAUCCUGCCCAAGUUUUGGGGUUGAAGAAAGAAGUGAGCAGUCCAUUCAUCAUAAUGAACGGAUUACUUGAAAAUUGUUGGACGGAGGAAGAGGUAGAAGUUGCUACUGGUGAUGCUGGGUGCCAUGUACUUGUGCAUCCCUUGAAGCUUUCCAGCUCCUAUGCUACAGUGAAGGGUUCUCGAAAAACGAGGGGAUCUAAUGGUGAACCUUUGGCUACAUCCUACCACUCAAAGUUUCUUGGAACUGUUGACUAUUUAUGGUACUCUGAUGGCCUUGUACCCACAAAAGUUCUGGAUAUUAUUCCAUUUGAUUCUCUCCACAGUACAGGCAGUCUCCCGUGCAAGGUAGGAACACUCAGAGUUCUGCCAUUUGAUGCAAUUUGAUAAAAAUUUAAAAGCAAUUCAAUGAAUACGGUGAUAUACAUUUGCAUUGCAGGGAUUAUGGAGGUUUCUUUUAUGUCUAGCUUUGAGUCAUGUUAGGAAAUUAAUCAAGAGGGUAUGCGCAUGUUUGGAUAAUGAAAAUUUUGAGGAUUCUUGAAAAGAAUUCUGAGGUGUGUUUUUUAUUGCAUUUUGCGAAAGCGGAUAGGAAAAAUAAGUUUUUUGGAUAAAUUUUUUAAGAUAUGUUUUGUAUUGUAGUUUGUGAGAGUGGGAAAGUGAAUUUGAGAAGUUUUUUUUGAUAAAACUCGUGUUUGUGUUUUCUUUUCAAAUGUGAAAGUUGUUUGUUUUCUUUUCAUGGAAACCUAGGCAAAUGUUUAGAUGAAAACGGUUUUUGAGCAAUACAACUUUUUUGGGGUUUAAAGAUAAUUUGGAUUGAAGUUGAAAAAAUUUUUGAAAAAAAAAAAAAAUUCGAAACAUUUGCUAUGCUCCCAAAGCUGAGAGUUCCAACACCUUUAUAAUGAUAACUUUUUAGUCUCGGCAUGGAUGUUGCUUUUCGGACAUCUUGUUUGUGAAGAGACAAGUCUGUGAUUUAUUGCUAAAAUACUUCUACGAGAUUACAAUGAUGCAUGAUUAUAUUUUUAUACGUAAAUAUUGUCUCUGUUAGAUAGCAGCUGUCUUUCCUUGUAUAGCUUCUAUACAGCUAGAAGCAGAGCUGUAAAUGCCAACUUUUGAUUUCUGUAAACACUAUAUAAAUCAAUGCAAAAGACCAUACAAACUGUAGGCUAUUUUAUUUACAGUUUGGGGCUCCAUCAACUCUACCCCUUUCUAUGUCAAAUUUCUAUCCUCCAAACUAUAGGUAGAAGUUACAGGUCUCAAUGUUCUUCUCAAACCUGUUGUGGUCGAUGCCAAUUUUGUAAGCAAACAAGUUGUUAGUUGGUUGAUGCUGCACAAUAUCACCCUGUUUAGCUGGGAUCGAAAAGAACCUUUUUGAAAAAUUUAUAGUCAGUUAUCCUCUACUUUUGACAUCAUUUUGCAAGUACUGAAUAUUUUUUCAUCACAGAUUUGGUUGGGUUUAUUCACAAGUUCUUUAAUCCACAGGGUCCUUUUCUUUAAUUAACCUUGGCUGUAUGUUUGCCCAAGUUUAGUAUCAUAACACCGAUGUCUUUCAAAGCUGGGAAGUUUGGGAACACAACUAUUCUCAAACAUUUUCAGACUAUUUCACUACUAUUCAUAAACUAUUU